CCGUGCCAUGGCGGGCCGGGCGGCGUAGGAGUCGGGGCCGCAGCAUGAGCGCCCGGUUCCCGCUGCACCGGCUGGUCUGGCGGAACGACUCCCGGCGCCUGGAGGCCGCCCUGCAGGGCCAGGAUGUCGAGCAGCAGGAUCCCCGCGGGCGAAGCCUCUUGCACCUGGCGGUCUCCUUGGGCUACGCAGAGUCUGUCCGCGUCCUCUUGCGGCACAAGGCGGACGUCACGAAGGAGAACGGCCAGGGGUGGACAGUCCUGCACGAGGCCAUCAGCACCGGCGAUCCGGAAAUAGUCCAAAUGGUCCUUCAACACCGUGACUUCCAGCAGACGUCCACAACCCUGGGGGGGGUCCCCGAAUUGCUUCAGAAGAUCAGCGAGACUCCAGAUUUCUAUGUGGAAAUGAAGUGGGAAUUCACCAGCUGGGUCCCGCUGGUGUCCAGAGUUUGCCCCAGUGACGUCUGCCGCAUCUGGAAGAGCGGCGCAAAGCUGCGCGUGGAUAUCACCCUGCUGGGCUUUGAAAACAUGAGCUGGGAGCGAGGGAGGCGCAGCCUGAUCUUCAGAGGGGAAGAGACCGGGCACUGGGCUGAGCUGAUUGAGGUUAACCAUGACGACCAAGUAGUGGCAGCCGAACGCUUUGAGAUCACGCAGCAGAUCAAGCGGCUGACCCUGGACUCCAUGGUCCCCAAGAGCAAGGAGGUGGAGCGACGGCUGACCUCUCCCAUCCUCAGCACCUCCCUGGACACCAAGAACAUCGCCUUUGAAAGAGAUACCUCUGGCUUCUGGGUCUGGAAAACGGAGAGGAGCGAAGUGGUGAAUGACUACGAAGCCAAGGUCUUCACGGCCAACAACGUGAACGUGGUGACCAGGAUCCGGACGGAGCACUUGACGGAGGAGGAGAAGAGGAGAUACAAAGCAGACCGAAACCCCCUGGAGUCCUUCUUGGGCACCAUUGAGCACGAAUACGGAGCCCAGCAGGACCUGACGACGGAAUUUGCCUCGACCAACAACCCGACCGCUCUCACCCCGGAGGAAUACUUCGACCCCGACUUUGAGUUGAAGGACAGAGACAUUGGCAGGCCCAAAGAAGUGACCAUUCGGACUCAGAAGUUUAAAGCCAACCUGUGGAUGUCCGAAGAGUUCCCGCUCUCCCUCGUGGAGCAGGUCUCUCCAAUCGUGGACCUGAUGGCCAGGACCAGCGCCCACUUUGCCCGGCUGAAGGACUUCAUCACCCUGGACUUCCCUCCGGGCUUCCCGGUCAAAAUCGAAAUCCCCUUGUUCCACGUCCUGAAUGCCAGGAUUACCUUCGGACGCGUCAACUGCUGCAGCACCCUGGAAGAGGCUUCGCCCGAAGGCCCCCAGGGGACCACGGCUGCCCCGGCCUCCCCCUUUGUGGUGGACCCCUCCGUCUUCGAGAUCCCCAAAUCCUACCGGCUGCAGGACGACGGCCGGAACCUCCACGUGCAGGACGAGGACAAUGAAAUCAUGCAGUUUGCCAUCCAGCAGAGCCUGAUGGAGUCCAGCCCCAGCCAGGAGCCUCUGGGGCCACCCUUGAACGGGGACGUCUCCUACGCCCAGGACCUCCACCUCCACUAUCAAAGGGCCCUGCAGGAGAGCCUCCUGGCCAGUGGCGGGACCAGGCCACCCCUGCGGGGGUCUUCCACCUUUGACCGGGAGCUGCACCUGGCCAUGGCGCUCUCCCUCCAGGAGCAGCAGGAGCGGGAGCAGCGGAGGCAGGAGGAGGAGGAGGAGGAGCUGAAGGAGGCUCUCCAGCGCUCCCUGCUGGAAAAGUAGCGGCACGACGCCUGCAGGAAGCGCGCGACGGAUGAUGCCCGGCCCUUCUUGGCCUGGGCACUGGAAAGGGAGACCAGGCCAGGCCCACUUUGGCAGGGAGGGAGGGGGCUCUCCCGCUCACUCGCCAAAGCUUUGAGCCCAAAGAUCUGCUCAUCUUCCUCUGCGCUCGGCCGAAGGGGGCACCCCCCCAUCUUCCUUUGCCAAAGCCUGUUCUGAAGGGGUGGGGGGACCCUUGCCAGCCUCAAAGGGGGGGGGGAGGUGGGCCACAGCCUGAGCCGAGGGAGGGGCUUCCUACGAGUCAGCUCCUCAUCUACCAAAGAUUUCAGCAGCCGCCAGGUGUCUUUCACGGCCUACGUGCCGGAGUGCUUUGCCUUUCCGCUUCCCCUCGGACUUCUCCGGCCGCUUCUUGGUGUCUCUGUAACCCCCCCCCCCCCGCUCCUGCCCCUCCUGGCAAUUGGGGGGUUUGUGUUUUUAAAUAAAGUGGGGGCAACUCCU